CGGCCCAUGAGUAUUCAUCUCAGUAUGCCGCAGUCUCAGCACUGAUCAUGAUUGUAAUACUAGUGUUAAUAGUGAUCGCUUGCCUCAGUGUGUGGCUGGUCACCAAAUGGAGGAGGGUGAAGAGGUACUGGCUCGAAAGGGGAGUUCCUCACCACCCUCCUCAUCCUGUUUUGGGGAGCCUCACCUUUCUGCAGAGGGAAAAUCCUUCGCGAUGGAUGCGCAAACUAUACAAGGACUUCGCGGCGCCCUACGUGGGCAUCUGGCUGUUCUGGCGCCCGGCGCUGGUCAUCAACAGCCCCGACAUCGCCAAGAGAGUGCUCGUCAAAGACGCCGAUGUCUUCAGGAACCGGUUCCUCAGCUCCGGCAAGACUGAUCCCAUUGGAGCACUAAAUAUCUUUACUGUUAAUGAUCCACUAUGGAGUUCCUUGAGGAGACGUCUGACAUCAGUGUUCACGGCAGCCAAGUUGAGGAGCCUCAACGGCAUCACGGUCAGCAAGGCCAAGAAUCUCCUGAGCCGUAUUGACAUAGAAAUCCAGAAAUCUGAACCUAUGGACCUAAGGAAAAUAUUCACUGAUUAUACAACAGACGUUAUUGGGGAAUCAGCGUUUGGUGUGACAAGCAACUCACUGGUUGAUGGAGACAGCAUUAUGAGGAAGGUCACCAGGGAAUUCGGGAGCUUCGACCUUCACAGAGGACUGUCCUGGUCUAGCAUAUUCUUCUUCCCUGAACUAGUUGAUAUAUUCAGAUUUUCGUUUUUCCCUAAAGACACGGUAGAGGUACUGCGGAAAAUAUUCCGUAGUGUUAUCGCUCAGAGGGGGGGCUAUGAGAAGGAGGUCAAAGAUGCCAGGGAUCUGCUGGAUGCUCUGCUGAAGAUCAAGCAAGAGGCUGCUAAAGAAGAUGAAGAAAUUACUGAGGACUUACUUCUGGCGCAAGCAGCUAUCUUCCUUCUUGGAGGCUUUGAAACUUCAGGCGGGGCAUUAUCCUGGACUAUCUAUGAGCUCGCUUGGAACCCGCAGUGCCAGGAAAAACUUUAUCAAGAGGUUUUAGAGACAAAAAGAAAGAUUGGAGGCCGCAACUUUGAUUCAGCCAUCGUGUCCGAAAUUCCCUACCUCGACUGUGUCAUAAAAGAAACCCUAAGAAUCUACCCUCCAAUGGGCUGGCUGGACCGCAUUUCAUCCAAAGAGUAUAAAAUCGAUGACAACCUGACGAUCCCUGCUGGCACCACGGUCUACGUGAACGGGGUCGGCAUGCAGAUGGACCCUCAGUACUUCCCGGAGCCAGAGGUGUACAACCCUGAUAGGUUCCUGCCAGAUAAUGAGAGGGAUAUCACCCCUUACUCGUACAUGCCGUUUGGAGAAGGACCUAGAAAUUGUAUAGGAAUCCGUUUCGCCUACCAGACCCUUCGCCUGGGUCUAGCUGAAAUCAUAUUAAAAUACGAAGUGAGAGUACUGCCUAACACUCCGAAACCAACUGAAUGUCAAGUGGAGAAGAAUGGAUUACUCCUCAUGCCCUCCGAAAAACUGUUCGUGGAGUUUGUGAAGAGAGAUAAUGAAUUUGUAUCGUGAUUCUGUCAUUUUAAAGAAUAAUGUAAAUAUUU